UACGCAAAUUGCCUCGUUCCAAUUUCUGGCGAAAAUGUCGACCGACUACGAAAGUAUCUUGUGUGUUAAAAAUGAAGUUAUGGUGUUUAAAAUACCUCCGAGGCAAUCAAACAGAGGUUACAGAGCUGCUGACUGGAAGUUGGAUGAACCAGAUUGGACUGGUCGAAUGAGAAUUGUAGCUCUAGGCAAAGAUUUGUUUAUAAAGUUGGAAGACAAAAAUUCAGGUGAAUUAUUUGCCCAGUGUCCUGUUGAAACAUACCCAAGUGUAGCUGUUGAAGCAGUUAUAGAUUCCAGUCGUUAUUUUGUUUUACGGAUUAAAGAUGAUGGUGGGAGAAGUGCUUUUAUUGGUAUAGGAUUCAAUGACCGAGGCGAUUCCUUUGAUCUCAAUGUGGCACUGCAAGACCAUUUUAAAUGGUUGAAAAAUGAAGAAGCAGCGAAAAAGACACAAGCAGAAUUUAACAGCGGACCAAAACUUGACCUUGGAUUCAAAGAAGGUCAAACCAUAAAAAUUAAUAUACAGACCAAGAAAGACCCUAAUCAGCAAGCAAAAUCCAGACCAAAGGGUCAAGGGUCAGGAGGUGGUUUUGGAAUGUUGCCUCCUCCUCCUGGAGCAAUGAAGUUGCCACCACCACCAGGUGGUAUAUCACAACUGGAACCCAAUCAAGAAAAACAACACCAGCAAAUUUCACAGUUUUCAGAACCGAAAACAAAUUCUCAUUCACAAAACAUUAGUUCUAGUAAUAGCCAAUCAAAUGUAGAUCUGUUGUUUGAUUCAUUAUCAGUGAGUUCAUCAGGGUCAUCAUCACAACCUGUGUUACAACCUCAGACAACAACACAAACUGUAGAUCCUUGGGGAGAUUUUACAGGAGUUAAGAAAGGUGGAGGAAAAUGACUUGAUAUUCAACAUUUUGAAUAAAUUAUUUCUAAUUCAACUAAUACUACAGAUGAGAAUUGGGUACAGUUUUGAUGAAUUGUGAUAUGGACUAGACCAUCAACAGAAUUGUCUCAUAGUUAAGGCAUUAUAAUUAGUGUAAAAUCAUCAUUAUUUUAUCACAAAUGGCUCUUAUUGUCUUUCUUCUGAUGAGGUGUGUUGUAGAUUUUUUAAAACAUGAUAAAAAACAUAUUGCUUAUUGUAUUUUAUGGACCACUUUAAAUUUCAUGGAAUUCAAGAAAGUAUGUUCCAAAUUUGAACAUUAUAUUUUAAAUCUGUUCUGCCUACUGAAUUUUAACAGAAAAUUGAUUUACAUCAGUUGUAUAAACUUUAAUCUAAGGUUGUAAAUGAUGAAUUAGCAUGUUUAGCAUGUUAAAUACUUUAUCAAUGAUUCAGCUUUGGUAACUAUCAAUUCACAGAAUUUAAUAUGCAUAUUUAUUAUAUUUGUGAAUUACACAUGUUACAACUAACAGUAACACAACUUUAAUUUAUACUAAAUAUACCUGUUCCUGUACUUAUUGUUAUAGAUUAUUACUGGUCAGGAAAUAUUAAGAAUGAAAGUUUUUAUUAAUAAUAUAUUCAUCUUUCUGAAUUUUUUGCAGAAAAUAAAUCGUCAAAUCAAUUAGGGCUCCACUGACUAGUUAUAACUCCUGUCUGUCCAUCGACACUUCUUUGUUGUGUGAUAAGUUAAAGAUUGCAUCAAUCAAUAUCCAUAAUUUGUAUGUAAACUGUUAAAACCUCUAAAAGAAAGGCCCUUUUAAUUUUUUUAUACGACCGCAAAAAAUUUGCAUUCGUAUAUUGCUAUCACGUCUUCGUUGUCGUAGGUUUCGUCUAAAGACAUUUGGUUUCCGGACAAAAACUUUAGUUUAGUUGUAUGGAUCUCUAUGAGUUUUAACCAAAAGGUUCAUACCAUAAAAGGAAGGUUGGGAUUGUUUUUGGGGUGAUGGUCCCAACCAUUUAGGAAUAAGGGGCCAAAAAGGGGCCAAAAACAAGCAUUUUUCUAGUUUCAGGACCAUUACUUGUGUAUAAGUAUUUUGUACCACAAGGUUCAAUACACAAUACCACAAGUAGAAGGUUGGGAUUCAUAUUGGGGGUAAUUGCCCAAACCGUUCAGGAAUUAGGGGCCAAAAUAAGCAUUUUUCUAGUUGUCAGACAAUAGCUUGUGUUUAAGUGUUUUUUUUCCCUCCAGAUUUAAGAAAUUAAAAAGAAAAUUUCUUCAAAUAUUUUUUUUUGGAAAAAGGGGGGCAAAACAAAAAUUUUUUUUUGGGGGGGGGUCAAUUUUUUUUCCUCAAGAUUUAAGAAAUUAUCAAUUUUCCAAAAAAAGAAUUGGGGGGGGGGUCUCAAUUUAUUUUGCUAAUUCUUUGUAUAAAGUCUGAAAACAGAUUUACUAAGUAUUGCGCAACAGCACAGUGUAUUGCACAACAGCAAGAAAUCUUCAAUUGAAUAUAAAUUCAAUCAUAUAACCAAUUUCAAGUUCUAUGACUACAUUUAUUCUGUGUCAGAAAACUAUAAUGUGUCAAAUAUUUAAUAACAAUCCAAAUUCAGACCUGUAUCAAGCUUGAAUAAUGUGUCCAUUUUUGCACCAACUGUUCAGAGUUGGACAUCUGUGGUCGUAUCCAGUUGCGCUUGGCGAAGCAGUUUAUUUUAUAUGUGGACAAAAAAUGUGGUUAAAAAACUUUGUUAAAAAAAUCACACAUUUUGAGAAACAUGAUUUUAUUCCAGAAUUUCAACAAAAAGCUAUGUUUAAGGUCAUAAUAUGCUACUGUGGAUUCAUAUAUUUUAGUGGGUAUCAAUUUUCGUGGAUUGAGGAAAACUUGCAUUUUCGUGGAUAUUUGAUUUUGUGGUUUUGCCAAUCUCUGCCUACAAAGCCUAAAGAAAAUUUGUAAUUCGUUGAACAUUUGAAUUCGUGGUUCACAUGUACCCACGAAAUCCACGAAAAUUGGUAUUCAACAAAUAAUUAUAAAUCCACAGUAUUCAAAGUUGAUACCCAAUACAUUGUAUCCAAAAGGGGUGAAAUUUGUCUUUAAAAUUUUAGUUUCUUCCUGAGAGUUCACAAAUUCUGAAAAACAUCUUUUUGUGCUAGGAUUUCAAUGAAAAUUGAUUCAUUAGAACUUGUUAAUUCCAAAUUGAUUCACAAUUUCAAAAUUUGGUAAAAACUCAAUUUUUGUUAAAAAAAACCAGACAUAUUUUGAGAGACAUGUUUUUGCCAGCACUUUAAAGAAAAUCUAUAUUUAUUCCAGCUUGUUUACCUGUGACUCUUUGUCAGCCUUUGCUGACAUAUUAGUUUUCUAAUGUAUUUUAUUUUUAAUUUACAUUGAGAAAUUCAAAUGCACAGAGAUUUUUAUUUUGUUACAAAUUUUAGGAUUUUAAUGAUUAUUUGAUAUGUUAUGAUAAAUGUCAACAAAAGAUCAUCAGUGACAUUUGUAUUCAAUUUACCUUUCAUAUGAUGGUAUGAUUUUAUUAACCUGAUUUUCGAAGGAAAAAUCGAUUUUUGAUUUGGGGAUGUACAGCGGGCUGUCUGUCGGGGGGUUGGCGGGCGGCUGCCAAACAGUGUCUGUUCAAUAACAUGAAAACGCUAUGACCAAAUUUUUUCAGAUUUAGAUAUGUUGUUUCCUGUGACUAAAUGAAGGCCAAGUUAAAUUUUCACGAUUUUAGCUUUUCUCCUUGUUCACCCUUUUUAAUAUACAAAAGUGGUACUUCUAAUGUGAUUGAGUUAUUUCCCUUUGAACAGAAAUUGUUAAUUAUAUAUAUAAAGUUUGAUUACACUAAGUGUUUUUAAGUAAUUUUCACCUGUUAUAGGCGAGUGACUUAUUUCAAAAAGACGCUUAGUUAACGACUUUAAUGCACCCACCUAACACACAGCUGUAUUAUAUAUCAUUCGAAAGCUAAUAAUCUGUACUUUCUGUUUUGUCCGGUCGUAAAAAAAUCGCACGGUGCAUUUUCUGUUAAAUCAAGGUCAAAGGUCAUGAAAAAACAUUCCAAUUUUUGUCGAGCCUUCAACUUUUGUCGAAAAAGCGAGACAUAGCGAUCCUACAUUCCGUUGGCGUCGUUGUCGUCGGCGGCGUCCACAAAUAUUCACUCUGUGGUUAAAUUUUUUGAAAUUUUAAUAACUUUCUUAAACUAAUCUUGAUGUCUACCAAACUUGGACAGAAGCUUGUUUAUGAUCAUAAGAUAAUAUUCAAAUGUAAAUUUUGUAAAAAAAAAAUUCCAUUUUUUCCAUAUUUUACUUAUAAAUGGACUUAGUUUUUCUGCCAGGAAACAUUACAUUCACUCUGUGGUUAAAGUUUUUGAAAUUUUAAUAACUUUCUUAAACUAUCCUGGAUUUGUACCAAACUUGGACAGAAGCUUGUUUAUGAUUAAAAGCUAGUUUCUAGAAGGAAAUUUUGUUAAAUAUUGUUCCAUUUUUUCCGUAUUUUACUUGUAAAUGGACUUAGUUUUUCUUCCAGUUAACAUUACAUACAGUCUGCAGUUUAAGUUUUUAUAACAUUUAUUAGAUUCAUAAACUAUCCUGGAUUUUUACCAAACUUGGACAGAAGCUACUUACAAUCAAAAGAUAGUAUAGAGAGGAAUAUUUUUAUUAAUUUUUUUCCUAAUUUUUGUUGAGCCUGUGAUUAACAGCAAAAGUAGGCGAGACACUGGGUUCCGCGGAACCCUUACGAAUUUUUGCGAUUACUAAACAAAAAGCUAUUUCCUAAUUCUUGUACCAUAAAAUUUUUCAGAAGAUCAUAUAAACUUUAUAUAACAUAAUACAUUAUUUCCAAAUCAAACAAAAAAUAAGAGGUUAUAUGCGCAAUAUUUCCCGAAAAUUGAAAUUCAUCACAAAUCUUAAAAAAAUGAAAAAAUUGUUCCAAAAGCAAAAUAUAUCUUGGGGGAUCGAUAUUUGUAUGCUAAAAAAAUAGAUUAAUAAUAUGUUUUAGGUCAAGGAAUAUUUGUUUUGUAAUUUUAAGAUGCAAUUAUUAAUUAUUGUUCAUAGAACAGCCUUCUAUUGAAGUGUUUGCAGUUGCCCAAAAAUCUGCCAUCUGCAAAUAGCGAUCAUUUUGUUAUUCUAUGUUAAGAUAGCACAUCGCCAAUUUUCAAUAUCAGGGAGGAGAAUGAUUUUCCAUAAUAAAAGAAGGGGUAUUUAAAGUUCGAAAAGAAUAUAUACGAGCUAAUUGAGGUAAAAAUAUGUUUUUUACGAAGUCAAACUUAUUUACUUUUUUUAAUCCUGUUUAAAUGCAAACAUGACUUUGCGACUAAAUCGUAGGCAACAUUGAAAUAAGUAACCUUGUUUAGAAACACUUGGUUGUCUAAAGCGGAAUGUAAACGAACUACAUAUAAUGCUUCUGCUUCUUAUUUAGUUUAAAAUCGUGUUAGACAUAUUAAAUGUGUUUAGAAGUUUAAUCUCUUUAAUUAUUUGAAUAAAAGAUGCUUCUAUAUAUCUUUAUUCUCACAAACCAAAUUUCAAAGGUAUAAUGAUAGGAUUGAGUAUUUUCAACAUAAGCUUUUAAAAUACAAAUGCAGGUCAGUGUGUAUGUAAAACACUAUAAGCAGUUGUGAAAUAAAAAAAUGAAAAAGUUUAAUACCUUCCUGACCUCAUAAGAUCAUUCGCUGUUUUAGGCAGUGAUCGUUUUCAUGCUGUGCUGUGUUUUUUGGACUGUUGUUCGUCUCUUGGACUUUAAUUUUAUUUUGUUCAUGGUUUUAAUUAAGUUUAUUUGAUUCAUGGUUUGAGAUGUUGAUUGACCCUUUGGUAUUAUUUCACUUUAAAGAUAUUAUCUUUCAGUAAUGAAAAUCGGCAAAAAAAUCGCCUCAAAGUAAAGUGAAGAAGAUUAACGCAAUAAGACAAAUAUCCGCGGUGAUAUAUAUAUAUAUAUAGAACCAAAUAGUUAUCAUGAUACAUUUAACUACAAUGAUCUACAAUUUUUAAAACUUUUACUACUUGAAGAGUGACGAAUUAUAUCAAAGGGACAUCAAACUCAUAAUUGAAAACCAACUGACAAAGCCGGGCAAAAAACGAACAAGACAAGUACAGAUUGAGUAACACAAAUCCCCCAAAAAUAUUUGGGGUGAACUCAGGGGCUCCAAAAGGGUGAGCAGAUCAUGUUCCACAUGUGACACCCGUCUUGUGGCUCAUGCAAUUCCUACCUCGGUGCCAAGCCUUAUUUUCGGUAGGUGACAUUCAAGGCAGAAAUGACGGUAUUUUGGUUACGUCGAUUGGAACUUAUCAGUCGUCAUCUGGCAAAACAGAUAUUUCAUAAUUGUCAACCAACUCGUAGUGGCGUCCAUAAAAUUUUCAAAGGGAUGAUUUCAACUUUGCAUUUGAACUCUGGUUUAAAACCAUGUUCAAACCACCAUUUUUCUUCAAAUGUCCUGUACCAAGUCAGGCAUAUGGCAGUUGGUAUCGAAUAAUCUGUUUCUUUGUAUGUUAAUGUUUGUUUUUGUAGCAGUUCAGUGUUUCUGUUAUUCCGUUGUGUUCCUCUUAUAGUUGAUGCGUUUUCCACGGUUUUUGGUUUGUGACCCGGAUUUGUUUCAGUUACUAGUAAAUCGAUUGAUUACUAUUGAAUAGCGGUAUACUAUAGUUGCCUUUAUUUAAUAUCUUCAUUGUGAGCAGUUACGCACUAUCACGACAAUCGUGAAAGUAAAUGCAAGUUCUGGAAUAUUGUAUCAACUUGGAGAUAUAUACUCCACAAGAAGAUGCCGCGAAAUCACGUUACAAUUGGGCAAGUGUUUAAAUAAAGAGUUUUAUUUAAUUUUGCGGGCAGUACGUCGACUGAGCAUUCAAAGACAAAUUUAGGAAAUGCAAAACCCUACAUUUAUACGUCAUAUCAUAAAUAUUCCGACUUGUCAUUGUUUCAGAGGAGUUGAGGCUCAAUGAAAUCGGUCUCCUCCUUUAAUAGUAUAGAUAUGCAGGUGUUGCUAUAAUGUUGCUACAUAGAAAUGAAAAGUUUAUAAUUGGUUAGUAAGGAGUGUUUUUAUGGGUUGAUUUAUGCUCAUCUCUUUUGUCGUAAAAAUUAUUCUCAACCAACCCUCAUCGUCGAUUUCAAGAUAAGUGGUAGAGUAAACUAUAUUUGUUGAGUCUUUUUUUUUAAUUUCAAUGGAAAAUACGAGUCAAACAUUGUGACAAAUUUGGCACUAUACAGCGAGAUGACAUCAUCUAUAUAGUGGAAAGUGAAGUUUCAAGAAAAUGGUAGCUUCUUUUCAGUCGUCAUCAGAAGCUCUUGCAUGAAGUCAUCAUCGUAUGAAAAAUGAACUAGUCAUUUAAGCUAUUCAGAAAGUCUAGUUGUAACUAGAAUCGUUGCGUAUUAAUGGAUUUUUUUCUUCAAAAUUAUUCUUAUGUGAUGAAUUACUGCAUUUAAACAAUGAACAACCAAUUUAAGCAAUCAAGAUGUCAAGUUUUAUAAUGUGUUUACUGGUUUUUAAAUUCUUUUAAAUUUCAAUUUUCAUCAAUUUAUUUUUUAUUUAUUUAUGUCUAAAUUUUCAAUUUAUUUUUUAUGGUUCACAUUUAAUAAAUAAAAGGUCUUUUCACUACAUCAAUGUUUAUAAUGAAGCUGCAAAUCAAACAAUUAGAAAAGUCAAAAGAUGUUUAUUUCAGUCUGGUAGUUACAAUGCAGAUUGCAAUCUCUUAGUUUCGCCUCCUUUAUUUCAAGCAAUAGUAUGAUUCGCACACAUAUUUUUUCACUUUAAAUUUUUCAGAUUCUUAAGAAUUUGUUUAUUAAAUCUUAUAUUGACCACAUACAAUGUUUAAAUAGGAAGAAAUGCUUAAAAGCUGUUUUUUUGCAGAUGGCGGUAUUUUGGGCAACUGCAUGAGUUGUUAUGAUUUGCUGUUUGAUUAGAAGUAAGCAUAAUUUUAGGAAAUUUAUGGUGUCAAAAACUUCUUUGAUAGUUAUUACAAGGUUUUACUUAGUUUAAAGUGAUAAGCAGUUGCAUCAGAAAGAAAAAUUUGGGUUUUCACACAUUUUGUUAACAUUUACUCAAAUUUCAGGAAACAUGUGCUUGUCUAUCAAAAACACGUUUUAAAUAUUUUAAAAUGCAUUUGAUUAAUGACCGUUAAUCUCUCUGCUAAAAGUUUAAAUGGUUUGCAUAUGUGAAUUUAGUAUAUAAAAGUCAUAUUAUGCAAUCAAGCUGAAAUCUUAGAAAAUAUGCACUUAUUCAUCCUUGGCCUUUGAUCUUGAUUUGACGGAAAUUGCACCGUUACGUUUUUUUUACGACCGGGCAAAACAGAUAGUACAGAUGUGUAGCUUUCAAAUGAUAUAUAAUUUAGCCGUAUGUUAGGUGGGUGCAUUAAAAAUUUAAUUUUAUGGUUAAAGUCACUCGCCUAUUAUCAGAUUACAAAGCAUAUGGUAAAUGUCUUAUGACACAAUUAUAAUUGGAGUGACAGAUUCAUUUGAAAAUUUUCUGUUUCAUAAGUGCUGAUGAUUAUAAGCUAUAUAGGACUGUAUAAAUAUAGUAAGAAAUUUACUGUUCAUUUUUAGACAUUUUGAAGAUAAUUACAGAUAAGUUUUAUAGUUUUAUAGAUUUUUAAAAGACAUUGUAUUAAUGAUAAAAAUUUUGAUUUUUUUUUCUUUUCUUUGGUUAAUUGUUUGAAGAAUUUUGUGAUAGGUUUGUUUGUUAUUCUGUAAAAACUAAUUUUCUAAAUGCUAUAUGUAUUUUUAUCGUCGUCGUCGUCGUCCGAAGACACAUUGGUUUUCGCACUCUAACUUUAGUUUUAGUGAAUGGAUCUCUAUGAAAUUUUACCAUAAGGUUCAAUACCACAAAAGGAAGGUUGGGAUUGAUUUUGGGGGUUAUGGUACCAACAGUUAAGGAAUUAGGGGCCAAAAAUAAGUAUUUUUGUAACUUCCAGACAAAACUUGUGUGUUAGUGUAUGGAUCUCUCUGACAUGUACCACAAGGUACCAUACCACAAAGGGAAGGCUGGGAUUGAUUUUGGGGGUAAUUGCCUCAAAAUUUUAGGAAUUAGUGGCCAAAAAGGGGCAAAAAACAAGCAUUUUCUAGUUUCAUGACAAUAACUUGUGUGUAAGUGUAUGGAUCUUUAUGAAAUUGUACUACAAGGUUCCAUAUCACAAAGGGAAAGCUGGGUUUGAGUUUGGGGGUAAUUGUUCUAAACAUUUAGGAAUUAGGGGCCAAAAAACAAGCAUUUUUCUAGUUUCCAGACAAUAGCUUGUGUUCAAGUGUAUGGAUCUCUCUGAAAUUGAACUGCAAGGUACCAUACCACAAAGGGAAGGCUGGGAUUGAGUUUGGGGGUGAUGAAUCAUAAGGGGGUUCAAAAAAUUUGGGGAGAGGGAUUUUUUUUUCCAUUUUUUCCUUUUUUUUUCUUUAAAAUUUUCCAUUUUAAAUUGGUUAUUUCUGAUUUAUAUAUAAAAGCAAAUAAUAAUGAUAUGGUUGGAAUAGGUAAAUUAAAAAUUUAUAAGUUCUUAGACCACAUUCAUUCUGUGUCAGAAACCUAUGCUGUGUCAAAUAUUUAAUCACAAUCCAAAUUCAGUGUGUAUCAAGCUUGAAUGUUGUGUCCAUACUUGCCCCAACUGUUCAGGGUUUGACCUCUGCGGUCAUAUCAAGCUGCGCCCAUCGGAGCAUUUUAUUUUUUGAUGAAAUGAACUCCUUUAAAAACUAAGCUUAUAUUGUCUUUUAAUAAACAUAUAUUUAGAUUUCUGAUUUUGGGCCCAGUUUUUAAGUUGGUCCAAAUCGGGGUCCAAAAUUAAACAGUGUUUGAUUUCAACAUAAAUUGAAUAUAUAUAGGGUUCUUUGAAAUGCUGAAUCCAAACCUGUAUUUAUUUUCAUUAUUAAUUAUAUAAUACCACAUUGUGGUCCAAAGGGUCCUAAAUUAAACUUUUGAUUAAUUUCAUCAAAAAUUGAAUUCUUGGGGUUCUUUGAUAUGCUGAUUCUAACAAUGUUUUAGUGAUUAAAUCAUAUCUAAUUUUAGAGAAUUUAGUCAUCACUGGUUGUUGUUAUUAUAUUAUUGAUUAUAAUUUGAAAAUGGAUGUAUAUAACAUAAUAUCUAAUUUUAGAGAACUAUUUAUUCAGUUUGAGUUAUUUCCCUUUGAACAGAAAAUCAUAUGGAUAAAAUUAAACUGUGUUUCAUUUCAACAUAAAUUAAAUAUAUAUAGGGUUCUUUCAAAUGCUGAAUCUAAACCUGUAUUUAAAUAUUAGAUUUUUGGGCCCAGUUUUCAAGUUGGUCCAAAUCAGGGUCCAAAAUUAAACUUUGUUUGAUUCAACAAAAUUUGAAUUUAUGGGGUUCUUUGAAAUGCUGAAUCUAACCAUGUAUUGAGAGAUUUUGGAUUGUGGGCUCCUUUAUCAAAUUGGUCCACAUUGAGGUCCAAAGGUUCCUAAAUUAAACUUUUGUUUGAUUUCAUCCAAAAUUGAAUUCUUGAGGUUCUUUGAUAUGCUGAUUCUAACAAUGUACUUAGAUUUUGGAUAUUGGACCAUAAUAGGUAAAUGUCCAAAUUUAAAUAUUUCAGUUCUUUGACCACAUUCAUUUUGUGUCACAAACCUAUGCUGUGUCAAAUAUUCAAUCACAAUCCAAAUUCAGAGCUGUUUUAAGCUUAAAUGUAGUGUCCAUACUUGCUCAACUGUUCAGGGUUCCACCUCUGCAGGAAAAUCAGGCUUGCUGUCACUCUGACAGCCUCUUGUUAAAGUCUGUCAUAGUUGAUUGAAAACUUCUAUAGACUGACUGUCAUUAAAACUUUUGCAAUUUAAGUAAGUUUAAAAGAAAAAAAUACAUGAAAUCUUUUUAAACAUAAUAUAUUAAUAUACAAGCUUUUUCCAAAACUAAAUGAGAAAAUAUGAAUGAAAGAAAUGAUAAACACUUUUUAUGAAGAUGUGUAAGGGGAGACAAUAUUUUAUCACUCAGAUGUGUUUUCAUCUAGAGAUAGUAUUCCAUAGGAUUUUUAUAUGUAUAAUUAAUAAUAAAAUUUAGGUUCAAAAUUAUGUUAAAUGAAAUCAUUCCAAUUUGAGAGAUAAGUGUUUACUGUUGAUAUACUAUAUAUUAUUUUUGUUUUGUAAAAAGUGUUGUGACAUCCUAAAAAACAUGCAAAUUUGUCCAAAAAUAUUAUUCUCAACUCAAAUAAUAUUUUUUUGAAUGAACUAUUCAACUAUAAAACAAACCAAGUUAAGUGAUGUAAAUGAAUUUCUUGGUUCUCAGAUCCGCUCACAUAUUGAUUAUGGAUGCAACAUUUUUCUUAUUGAGUAAUGAAAAGUCAUUUAUACAGUGGUGCCUUUCAAACAGAAAAAAAUUACCUGAGUUUGAUUUCAUAACUAUGAGGUCUUCAAUAGAGAUUAAAUCUGAGAUUACUAGAACAUAGUAAUCUCAGGUUAAAUUAAAUGCUACAAAGAUCUCAAGUUUGAAGCGAGCAAACAAUCCUGAUUCUGCAAAAAUAGUAUCUGGUUGAUCUCAGUUAUAAUUAGAUGUUCAUCUCACUGUUGCUCUAAAGGAAAGAGUAAAACUUGUUAACUUCUGUCUGUCCUUCUGUCUGUUUCAUGAAAUUUUCGCAGCAUUUUUCCUAGAAACUACAAAUCUGAGAUUCCUGAAAUUUGGUUUCAAUAUAAAAAUUAGGAGAUGUGGAAUGAUUGCCAAUGAGAAAACUAUCCAUCAAAGUUCAAAUGAAGUGGAUGUGAGCAACUAUAGGCAACCAUAUGGCCUUCAACAAUGAGAAAAACCCAUACCCAACCUUCAUGUGAGCAUAUACUGUGUGUUGUGUUUUAACAACGUGAUCGUACAUCUCUAGUUGACUUUCUGGUAACCAAAUACUUAUAGCAGGUUAUCAUUAGUGAGCAAUAGCUCACAGCACAUUUUGUUUAGGUAAAAUUUACCUUAAAAAAUAUAACCCUGAAUAUAAAGUUGCAGUAAUUGCAGAACCAGGAUAGAAAGACCAACAUUGUGGUAUACUCCCCUCCCCAUCCAGCUGUAACAAACUAAAGCAAAAAAAAGAAAACUUUACUCCAUUACUUUCAAAUACAAUAGAAAUGAAAAGAUGCCUACAUCUUUUUACAGAUUAUUUGGACUGAGAACUUAGCAAUACUUUUGUUUGAUCUAACAGUAGUUUAACCUUUUAUUAAAUGCAUGGCAUUUACACACCUUGUCAGAAGGUACCUUGAAUGCAUUAUCAAUAAAACUAUUUUUUUUCUGAUUAGAGAAAAGGUCAACAUCAGUGUUUUUUUAUGACAAUGAAUAAAAUAUUAUCCAGGUGAGUUGUUAAUCAUGAGUUAUCUCCCCUAUUGAUACUAUUUAUGAAUUAUCUCCCUUUGGUACUAUUUAUUGCAUUUAGGUUAGAUCUAUUGAUAAUGUAUUUUCAAUUUAAACCAUGAAAGUGAUGUCGUAAAACUAUUUACAUUCUUCUUUAUUUAUGUCUUGCUUGCAACAAAUAAUACAAAGUAAGACAUAGGUAUCACUUUUUAGGCAAUGGUUUUGGUAAGACAGUACAAUUGUCAACACAUUGUUAGGGUUGUCUGAUAAAAUCCAUUUCAGAAUAAUGUCUAGAGAAGUAUUUAAGAUAUACCAUUGACAUUGUAAGAAUUUUACUUUAGGGGAUGAGAUGAGACGCUAAUGCCUUAAGAAAUAUCAACUUUGUCAAAAGCAAGUACUCAAGUGCUCACAAACUUAACCUUGUACAAAAGAAUUUGCUGGGAAACAGUAAAUACACGUUAAUUUAGCUUGCAGGAAUAAUGUUAUGAUAAAAUGUAUUACAAAUCUUCCUCAGUAGACACAUUUAUAUUACUGUAAAUUCGGAAAUUAUGGCAUGCAUUUAUUAUUACGAUUUUUGUCUCGCCUUGACGGAGUCAAAAAGCGAGACAGAGAUAUGCUGUUUCCGGCAACGACGGCGGCGUCAACAAUGUAUUAGUUUGUGAUUAGGUCUAGUUCAUGGUGAACCACUAGUGGUAGGUCAAUGAUAUUUGGUAUGCAGUUGUAUUAGCAUUGGCACAUCUCAUUACCAUGGAGAUAUUUGGCCCCGCCCCCUCAGUCAAGGUCUAUUGACUUUGAAACUUUUCAUAGUUAACAUGUAUUAGUUUGUGAUAAGGUCAUCUUAUGGGGAACCUCUAGUGGUAGGUCAAUGAUAUUUGGUAUGCAGUUGUAUAAGCAUGGGCAUAUCUCAUUUCCAUGGAGAUUAUUUGGCUCCGCCCCCUUAGUCAUGGUCUAUAGACUUUGAAAAUUUUGCUAAGUUUACAUGUAUUAGUUUGUGAUUAGGUCAGUUCAAGGGGAACCAUUAGUGGUAGGCCAAUGUUAAUUGGUGUUCAGUUGUAUAAGCAUUAGCACAUCUCAUUUCCAUGGAGAAUAUUUGGCCCCGCCCCCUCAGUCAUGGUCUAUUUACUUUGAAACUUUUGCUUAGUUUACAUGUAUUAGUUUGUGAUUAGAUCAGUUUAAGAUGAACUGCUAAUGUUAAGUCAUUGAUAUUUGGUAUGCAAAUUUAUUGGCAUUUGCAAGUAUGGUUUCCAUGGAGAUUAUAUAGCCCCACCCCUGAUCAUGGUUCAUUGACUUUGAAACUUUUACAUAGUUUACAAGUUAAUGUUUGUGUUUAGGUUUGUUUAAUGAGAACGACUUAUAAUAAGUCAAUGGCAUUUGGUAUGCAGUUGUAUUAGCAUUGGCACAUCUCAUUUCCAUGGAGAUUGUUUAGCCAUGUACAUUCAGUCAUGGUUCAUCGACUUUGAAUAUUUGCAUAACUUACAUGUUAAAGUAUUGCAAUUUUAAUUUCAACAUUUGCAUCAUCAAAAUUACAAAAAGGCGAGACAUAUCUCUGUGAUAACAGUUUAUUUAAGAAUGGACAAAAAUGCGAAAUUAACUAUUGCGAUUUCAUGAAAAUCAGAUAUCAGAAUGGAUAUUCUAAUUUUUGCGAUACAUGUCCAGUUGCAUUAUUCGCAUUAAUAAAACCCUUGCAAUAAUUCUGAAUUUAAACUAGAUGAUAAAAGAAGGUGUCAUUAAAGGCUCCUAUUUCUGUCUCAAGUUUUAGACAGGGUUCACCUGACCUUGACCUCAUUUCAUUACUGAUUGGCCAAGCUUCACAAUAAGGUGAAUUACUGUAAGUAUAAGUUCCAUUAUAUAUGUCUUAGGGAUCAUGUGGGGGUUAUGUUUCUGUUUGACAAGAAUCACAUGAUUCCUUGUUUCAAUAAUCAAGGUUAAGUUUUCAUGCUAAUGAUCAAUAUAUCAGUUACUUCGAGUGGAAGGUGAACUGAAGUUUCGUCUGUAGAAUCUGACCGUAAUUUUAUUUUCGUGGUUCAUCAGCGAACAUUCAGUUUUCUUUAUACGUAUAGUAAGACUUAUUUCAAAGUAGCUCAAGAUAUUAUUAAGUUACAAGCAAUUAUGCAGGCAAGACGUUUCAGAUUGUUAAAUCUGUUGGAGUUUCUUAGACCCUAUUCAGGUUGGGUUUGUUCUGUACAUAUAUUUAUUUAUAUAAAAAAUGUACUAAAAAACAUAUAAGUAUAAAUGUGCAAUAUUAUAUGUGAGAUUAGCUGUGUAUAUUUCUUUCAUGUAAAAAGAAGAAAAUUUGCUGGAACAAAUGACAGCUUGAUUGAAUUGUACAAAAUGUAAUUUUUGGCAAACUAAGAAAUAUACAUUUUCAUGGUAAAUUUGAAUUUCAUUACUUCCACUGAUUAAUUGCUAUAUUUAUGCCCCCGCCGUAGCAGAGAGGGCAUUAAGUUUUACCCUUGUCCGUCUGUACGUACGCCCGUACAUCUGUUCGUCCGUACGUCCCAAAGUUGGUUUCCGUUCUCUAACUUUAGUUUGCAUCAACCAAAUGUUAUGAAACUUAUACAAAAUGCUUAUUACCACAAAACACAGAUCAAGUUUGAAUUUUGGUGGUGUCACUUUAACCGUUCUAGAGUUAUGCCCCUUUACAACUGGAAAAAUUGCUGAAUUUUUCGUUUCCGUUCUCUAACUUUAGUUUGCCUCGACCAACUGUUAUGAAACUUAUACACAAUGCUUAUUACCACAGAUCAAGUUUGAAUUUUGGUGGUGUCACUUUAACUAUUCUAGAGUUAUGCCCCUUUACAAAUGGAAAAAUUGCUGAAUUUUUGGUUUCCGUUCUCUAACUUAAGUUUGCCUCAACCAAAUGUUAUGAAACUUAUACACAAUGCUUAUUACCACAAAACACAGAUCAAUUUUGAAUUUUGGGUAGCGUCACUUUUAAUGUUCUUCAGUUUUGUCCCUUUAUAACUUUAUAUGAUGUGCAAGCGGGGCAUCAUCUGUGUCCCAUGGACACAUUCCCCAUUUAUUUUUAUAAACCUUAGGAAGAUUGGAUUACAUUUUUGCAUAGAAAUCUUCGUUAGAUAUGUGACUUAAUUACUCAAAGGGUUUAUUUAGAUGUUUUACAAAUUCCUCUUUGGAACAGAACAGAUUUGCUAUAGCCCUUUGCAGAAGUCAAUCUGAAAAAAACCUGUAAUUUGACUUGUAAUAUGAUCUGAGUUAUCUAUUUUCCUAGUAGUAUUUGUAUGCUGCAAUGAAGACCAAUGGCAAGAAGCAGAUAUUAUUUUAAACUUCAAUAUAUACAUAUAUUAAUACUAUUCCUUAUAAUUGUUUGAUAGGAAGUAGAUUGAAAGUAAAAAGAUCAAGUUUAUAAGAACCUGUUUUCAUGAAAGUCUUGUGGAAAGUCCACCUCUCACCAUUGCACUUCAUUGCAGGGAAGCUGUAAUGCUUUCAAGGAAGGAGAUAUCUCAUAUGUAUAUCAUAAACUAAUUUUAGUCAAAUUCAGGCUUUCAGAAAUGAUAUAUUUUGGAUAGAGCUGAGUGAUUACUUAAAAGUAUAACCUUUUCAUGUUGUUAAAAGUCCAGUAUUAUUACUUAUUGUAAUAGGUGUAAAUAUAUAUAUAUAUAUAUAUAUUAAAGUAAAAGGCUCUGCUCAAAAUGUAUAAAUGCUGAACUAUUUGUUGUGGCAUUAGUCUAGUGUUGUUAUCUUAAUUCAAUGCUUGCUAAAACUGGAUUUAUUUUUUGGUUAAAGGUUUCAAUUACCAAUUUGGCAACUUGGAACAUAAGGAAAUUUAAAAUUUAACCUCCUACGAAAACAAAUAUUGGAACUUUUUUUUCUAUCCCACAUAUUACUUAAAUAUAUUUGUUUUCAAUAGAGAAGAUUAACUGUUACGGGACAGCAAUUUUUUGUAUUGUUUGCAAAAGGUAUUAUUCAGGAUUAUUUUUAGUUCUUCUAUUGCAUUUAGAUAAGUAACAUGUUUAUAUGAAGGAAAACACUUUGAAAAGAACAGUGUAUAGACUGAUAAUUUUAAGAAAAUACAGUUUAAGUGCAGAAAGAAGGACAUUUUAAACUGCUAUAAUCACUCUCCAAAACAAAGACCAUUUCUGAAUAAGACAUACCUGCAUACUAAUCCAUACUUCACCACUUUUGACACUUUUAUGAAAGCAAUUAUGUACAACUUUGUGAUAAUGGUAAUUAAUGUGCCUCACCUUUUUGGUAUCAUUAUUUAGAUGUCAGUUUGGUUCUCCUUUUCAUCUGGGUGACUGCUAUCCAUGAUCCCAAAGUUUGCCUACCCAUAUACCCAAGGUUUCCCUACCCAUGAUCCCAAAGUUUGCCUACCCACAUAUACCAAAGGUUUUCCUACCCAUGAUCCCAAGGUUGGCCUACCCAUAUACCAAAGGUUUCCCUACCCAUGAUCCUAAAGUUUGCCUACCCAUAUACCCAAGGUUUCCCUACCCAUGAUCCCAAAGGUUUCCCUACCUAUGAUCCCAAAGUUUGCCUACCCAUAUACCCAAGGUUUCCCUACCCAUGAUCCCAAAGGUUUCCCUACCCAUGAUCCCAAAGGUUUCCCUACCCAUGAUCCCAAAGUUUGCCUACCCAUAUACCCAAGUUUUCCCUACCCAUGAUCCCACUGAAGUCACUAUUUUGUCUAACCAUGAUCCAAAUUUUGCCUUUCCAUGAUUCCAAGGUCUGCCUACCAGUGAACACAAGGUUUGUCUACCCUUGACCUCAAGGUUGUUCUCCUCAUUAUCCAAACGUUUGCCUACCCGUUAUCCCAAGGUUUGUCUACCCAUGAACCAAAUGUUUGUCUACCCAUGAUCCCAAGGUUUGCCGACCCAUGAACUCAAUAUUAGCUUACACAUGAUACCAAGGUCAGUCGACCCAUGAACCCAAUGUAAGUUUACACAUGAUCCCAAGGUCUGUCGACUCAAGAACCCAAUGUUAGUCUACACAUGAUCUAGACAUUAAAAUUACAUUAGUCUAGACAAGAUUUGUCUACUCAUCAUCUCAAGGUUAGCCUUCACAGGAUACAAAUGUUUGCCUACCCAAAAUCUAAAGGUUGCCUUUCAGCAGCUAUGUUUUAUGUAAGGAUUUUGAAACAAUCAUUUGAAUAUGCAUUUCAAAUGAAUUAUGCUGAACGUCUUGUUAAGUUAAGUUUGGGAAGACUUAUUGGUUUUGCUCAGUUCUUAUUAUUAUUAUUAUUCUUCUUCUUCUUCUUCUUCUUCUUCUUCCUCUUCCGCCACUUUUAAAUUUGAACUUGUCCGCACCCGUUCUCCAAAACCGCUUGUCAGAUUAACUUUGGGUUUCACAAUAUGUUAGACUAACAUGUCUAGUAGUGCAAUCAGGGUUUUGUUUGUGUAAUGGGGUUUAUAAAGGGGUACUUUGAGGGGCAAUAAGAAAGGAGGGUUUUACUAUAGAACCCUGUGGGAUUUUAUUUUUUUAAAUUUUCAAAUGAUUAUAAAUUGAAAACCGUUUGUGAUAGACACAAUCUUUUUAAUUGAAAAUGUUCUAAAUGAUAAAGCACAUUAAAUGAAAUACAGGGUAAGUCCCCAGGGGUCACCCCCACCCCCAGCCAUUUAAGAAAGUUCUAAUAACUUGUAAGUGGUCAAGAUCCCCACCCCUAAACCAUAUAUAUUCUGGUUUGUCAUGCCAAGAUGGUUUGAAUGAUAUACAGGGUUAGUCCCCAGGGGUCAUCCCGACCCCCUGUCAUUUGAGAAAAUUCUAAUAUCUUGUAAAUGGUCGUGAUCCCCACCCCUAAACCAUAUAUAUUCCUGUUCGUCAUGUCUCGAACAUUUGAAUGAAGUUUAGGGUCAGUCCCCAGGGGUUCCCCCCCCCCCACCCUUAAUGUUCUAGUAUCUUGUAAAUGGUCGAGAUCCCCACCCCUAAACCAUAUAUAUUCUGGUUUGUCAUGCCAAGAUGAUUUGAAUGAUAUACAGGGUUAGUCCCCAGGCAUCACUAAUGCAUAUAACUUUACUGGACCAAACCAAUUUUCACUGGAAUUUGUCCAAUGUCAGGCAACCCUGGGAAUUACGAAUUAUGGGAGCUUCGUUUAGGAGACUUCGUAACAGCAUCCUGUUACAAUCAUUUCUUGUUAGAAGUGAUACCAUGUAACAAACAGCUAUGGGGAUAACAGAUAGUGAUUUUCGAUGAAGUUCGGUGUGUUUUCAGUGCAGACGUACGUAGUGAUUUUAAGUAAUGGUGGAAAGGUGUGUGGGUAUAGUAAAGCCAAAAAGAUGUCCAGUCUAGAUGUUUCAGAAAGGAGUCUUUUUCUUUUGUUUUGGAAAUUUUAAUUUUUAAGUUAAUAUUUACUUCUUUUAUUAAUGUAAACAUUAAUGUCAAAAGUAAGUUAUUGUCAUUCUAGAUAAUUUGUUUCGCAUCUAGAUCUUCAUAGAUGUGUAUAUAGAAUAAAUAGUAUGCAAAUGGUU